AUGCUUUCAGAAGAACAGUGCAAGAGCCUUCUCUGCCCUGGCAUCCACUUUUCCUGCAAUGAUGCGGUUGUGAUUUCUGGAAGGAAGCUGGCCCGGCAGAUCAGACAGGAAGCCCGUCACGAGGUUGAGCAGUGGGUAGCAGCUGGAAACAAGAGACCUCACCUCAGCGUCGUUCUCGUCGGUGAAAAUCCAGCGAGUCACUCCUACGUACUGAACAAAACCAAAGCGGCUGCUGACGUUGGAAUCAGCAGCGAAACCAUCCUCAGGCCGGCUUCUAUUACUGAAGAGGAGCUACUGGAUUUGAUCAGCAGACUCAAUAACGAUGCCAAUGUGGAUGGCCUGUUAGUACAGCUUCCUCUACCUGAACAUAUUGAUGAGCGCAAGAUUUGCAACGCUGUGACUCCAGACAAAGACGUUGAUGGCUUUCACGUGAUAAACGUGGGGCGCAUGUGCCUCGACCAGUACUCCAUGCUGCCGGCUACCCCGUGGGGGGUGUGGGAGAUCAUUAAGAGAACUGGCAUCCCAACGCUGGGGAAGAACGUGGUGGUGGCUGGCAGGUCGAAGAACGUGGGCAUGCCCAUCGCCAUGUUGCUGCAUACGGACGGCAGGCACGAGCGCCCGGGAGGCGAUGCCACGGUCACGAUAUCCCACCGCUACACUCCCAAGGAGCAGCUGAAGCAACACACAAUCCGUGCUGAUAUUGUGGUAGCGGCAGCAGGCAUACCCAAUCUGAUCACAGCUGACAUGAUCAAAGAAGGAGCUGCAGUUAUUGACGUGGGGAUAACGAGAGUGCAGGAUCCUGUCACUGCCAAAUCGAGGCUGGUUGGAGAUGUGGAUUUUGAAGGGGUGAAGAAGAAAGCCAGCUACAUCACUCCGGUCCCCGGGGGAGUUGGGCCCAUGACAGUUGCCAUGCUGAUGAAGAACACCAUCAUCGCUGCCAAGAAGCUGUUGAAACCCAAAGAGCUGGAAGCAUUAACUGCUUAACGUAGGACUCUCUCUAGCACUGGAAACAACAUUCCAAACUGACUCCCAAACAGGCCGAUAGAAAAUGCAAUAUUUUUAUUUAUUGUAUUGGAAGUGGAAUUUCCUAUUCUGAGGUCAUAGGUAUUUAUUUGAAGCUGAAGCAUAUGCACAUUAGUCGUACUGAGGUGUAAGCAUCUACACUCCUGGCCUGCUCACGCUCGCAAAGCAGCUUUAUGUUGAAGCUAGCUCCUCUAGGAAGCCGGCCCUGCUCUUGCAGGGACUAGGCAGCGGUCGGGAUCCUGGGUGUGCCGCUCCCC